AUGGAGCUCGACGCCGCGCGCCACAUUCGCUACUUCAAGCGAUGCUACAGUGCCGUUCUGCCACACCAUUACACGGCAAAUGACAGCAGUCGACUCAGUCUCGGGUAUUUCAUUGUGGCCGGUCUGGACAUACUCUCUUCGCCAUCUUCUUACACAGCCUCGCCAGACUCAAAAUCAAAACCACCUCCAUCUCUUCUCACUUCAAAGGACAGAUAUCGGCUGCGCAAAUGGGUCUUGUCCUUGCAGCACCGUGGCGGUGGUUUCUGCGGCAGCCCGCAGCAUGUCUUCCCGGAUGAGUUGCUGCCCAAUGGACCAGUAACCGACCCAGAAAACGCCAACAUUGCGGCAACCUACUUUGCAUUGAUGCUGUUGGCCAUUGUGGCGGAAGAUCCAAAGGAACCCUCAAAGGACAUUCCCCUAGACAUAUACAUAAAUGUCAACAGGGUCGCCACGUUGCGAUGGCUCAAGAGCUUGCAAAGAGAGGAUGGAAGUUUUGGCGAGAUUCUUAAGCCCGACGGCACUGUCGGAGGUGGUAGAGAUAUGCGCUAUGCAUACAUGGCCGCGGUCAUUCGCUGGGUGCUAGGAGGUGAUCAGGCAGACUCAGGACUUGACUUCAACGUUGACAAAUUUGUCAGCCAUAUCAAGCGGAGCCAGACGUUUGACGGUGGAAUUGCAGAGAGUUCAAUGGGUGAAAGUCACGCAGGCUACUCGUAUUGCGCUGUGGCAGCCCUAUCAAUGUUGGACCUCACAGCCGAAGACGAGGAAAACCCAAACAAGUACCUAAAGGCCGGAAUACCAAACAUUCCCGCUCUCGUUCACUAUCUUGUCUCGCGCCAAUUUGUCUACACGGAAGAGACAGAUGAUGAAGAUGAUGAGACAGAGCCCAGCAACACGCCGGCCCCGGAUAUUGCUUCGCUAAGCUUGGAGGACCACUCAGUAGCCGGCUUUAGCGGUCGACCCAACAAGAUCCCCGAUACAUGCUACACUUGGUGGGUGGCUGGGGCUUUGGACUUGCUCAGUGACGCCUUCGAGGGUCCGACUCGAGUCGACCAGGCAUCUGGUAAGCAAUUCCUGCUUGAAAAGACGCAACAUGUCAUUGGCGGCUUCGGAAAGAACGCCGGCAAGCCCCCGGAUGUAUAUCACGCAUAUCUUGGACUGGCAGCCCUCGCCACCAUGGCAGGCGAUGAGCAAGAAGCAGGACUGGGACUUUUCAAUGUUAGAUUAUGCAUUGGAAAAGAGGCGGCCAACAGAGUCGCCAUUGGAAGAAAAGAAAUACUCCAAAAGGCCGCUUUGGAUGCAGCAGAGGAUUAG